AUGGUUGUCAUUUACUGCGCCUAUUCGGAGCCAAUCAACCCCUCUGGCACGUCGCCAGUCCUCAGCCGAGAUCAGAUAUGGCAAGCUCUCCAACAGAAGGUCAGGCAUCCUUCUGGAUUUGUCCCGAUCAUCACCGGCACCGACAUCAUUGAAGACAAAGGGGACGAGGUUACCAGAAUAGCGCACUUCCAGCCUCCGGGGAAGCCUGCACAUUCGCUUAGAGAAGUUUGCAAAAGCUACUACCCGACAAAGAUCGACUUCUGGGCAGACUCUGGAGCGCUUGUCACCAACCUAGUCUCUGACGGACCAGGCUUGACGGAGCAUGACUACCAGCUGACCUACAUUUUCGAGUGGCGGCAUCCAGAUGUCGAACAAGGUAGCGACGAGCACAAGAAGAUUGCCGAACAGGCGAUCAAGGACGCCAAGCAGGCCGUUCACGGCUCCAUCGUGGCCAUGCGCAAGAUGGCUUCCGAAGGGAAGGCUUGA